AUGAGCGAGCGGGAGCCGGUGAAGCAGUUCGCGCUGCUGAUCUUGGAGAAGCCCUACGAGAAGCCGAUGGAGUCUUGCUACAGGAUCACCCUCGUAAAUCCUGGGAAUGGCAAGGAGUUCCACAAAGUCUCCGUCCUUGCGCACCCCAAGGUCAAGUAUCAGACGGCUAUGGUCUUCGACCACAUCUCCGAGAGCAAGGCCGAGGACGAUGCCUGGUGGCUGGCCGUCUUCUCGACAGUGCCCGUGAUUUCGAAGAAGGCAUCUUUCUCACUGCUCCUAUAUCCCCCCUUGGGAAGCAUUGUAUAUUUUUUGUUCAUAUAA